GACACCACCUAGCCAUUGGUUCAAAUUUGUGUACGACUACUGGGUUAAACUUAAAACUCAGUAUGUCCCACAUUUCACUGACCACAUUAACUCUGUGGACAACCACAUCAAGUUCACCAGGGAGGAUGUGAAAAAUGACAGUGCGAGGAAGACUCGGUCAGGCUUGGGGAGAGGACUGCGCUCUGUGAAUAUGCUGUGGACUUUGAGAACAUGUGAUCUUAUGGAUAGACACACAAACGAAUGAAAAGGGCUUGGAAAUGAAAGAGAACUCUAUCAGGAAAGAGGAUAUUUCCGGAAAACUUGUGGCGGUGAUGCCGUUUGACCUGCCGAAGCAAAUUCGGGCACACUGAAGUCGGCCGGGCUGUCGGAGAGAGACGGUGACCAGCGAGGAGAUACCGGUCACGACUAGGGACUGCAGACGUCAGGUGAACAUGAGAUCCCGAAGCUGUGAAAUGGAGGGUCCAGACGACGGCCACAUCCAACCCGCUAAAGGCUUCGUCAAGGAGGGCGAGGAAGAAAACAUGCCGGAGCUCUCGAAGAGGAAGAUGAAGGUCCAUCGAGAGGAGAAGGAGGGGAGCGGGAAGGCCGCAACGCGACAUCAGAGACCCGCCAAGAGCCGCAAGGAGAAACUGAUGGAUCUCUCCAAGAAGGACCUGCUCCAUCUGCUGGGCAUCAUGGAGGGAGAGGUCCAGGCCAGAGAGGACAUCAUCACCAUGUUGAAGUCAGAGCGAACCCAACCAGAGGUUCUGGAAGCCCAGUACGGCUCCUUGGUUCCAACUCGGCCCCUGCAGGCCCUGCAGAGAGACAGCCUGGUGACGAACAGCGGCACCAGAACAAUCACAGAUGACGUGUAUGAGAGACCCAUGGCAGAGCUGGACCGGCUGGAGGAGAAGCAGCGCGAGACGUACCGCCGCAUGCUGGAGCAGCUGCUGCUGGCCGAGAAGUGCCACCGCCGCACCGUGCACGAGCUGGACAACGAGAAACACAAACACGCCGACUUCAUCAACAAGAGCGACGACUUCACCAACCUGCUGGAGCAGGAGAGGGAGAGACUGAAAAGGCUACUGGAGCAGGAGAAGUCCUAUCAGGCUCGUAAGGACAAGGAGAACAACAGGAGGCUCGAGAAAGUCAGGGGGGAGCUGGUCAAGCUCAAGUCCUUCGCUCUCAUGCUGGUGGAUGAACGUCAACUGCACAUUGAGCAGAUUGAUCAACAGAGCCAGAAGAUCCAAGAGCUCAUGGAGAAGCUGCAGGAGAAGGAGCAGCGUCUGGCUGCUGUCAGCGGAGCUGCUGAGGAGGAUGGACAGAAGGUCCUCAAGUUGGAGGCUGAGCUUGAGCACCGGGCUGCCAAGUUUGCACAGGAGCAUGAGGAGAUGACCGUCAAGUUGGCAAACCAGGACACCCAGAGCCGCCAGCUCAGACUGAAGCUGGCUGGCCUGUCGCACAAGAUUGAGGAGCUGGAGGAGAGCAACAGGGUGCUACAGAAAUCUGAGGACGACCUCAAGGAGCUGAGAGAGAAAAUCAGCAAAGGGGAGUGUGGGAAUUCGUCUCUCAUGGCAGAACUGGAGAACCUACGGAAAAAAGUGCUUGAGAUGGAGGGCAAGGAUGAGGAGAUAACUAAGACAGAGACACAGUGCAGGGAACUGAGGAAGAGGCUGCAGGAGGAAGAGAACCACAGCAAGGAGUUAAGACUGGAGGUAGAGAAGCUGCAGAACAGAAUGGUUGAACUGGAAAAAUUAGAGGGUGCUUUCACAAAGAGCAAAACAGAGUGUUCCCAGCUUCAUAUCAACCUGGAAAAAGAGAAGGGUGUGGUGAAGGAUCUGGCCAGAGAGCUGGAGGUAGUGAGGAGCCGUGUAAAAGAGUUAGAGUCCUCAGAGUCAAAGUUUGAAAAGGCAGAGAUGGUCCUCAAGGAUGACCUCAUGAAACUGAAAUCGUUUACAGUGAUACUAGUGGACGAAAGGAGAAACAUGGCAGAGAGGCUUAAACAUGAAGAACAAAAAAGUGAUGAUUUAAAUAAAAAGUUAAAAGCUGAGCAGGGAAAGGUUAUGGAAGUCACAGAGAAGCUAAUCGAGGAGAGCAAAAAACUCCUGAAAUUCAAAUCAGAGAUGGAGGUCAAUGUUACAACUCUCACUAAAGAGAGAGAUGAAGUAAGAACUAAACUUGCAGGUGAAGAGGAAAAGUGUAGGGAACUUAUCGCCAAAGUAAGUGUGAUGAAAAACAGAAUUGACGGACUAGAGGAGGCAGAGAGGGAAUCGCUGAGAAGACGAGCCACCAUGGAAAAUAACAGACUCCUGGAGGAGGCAAACAAAGUAAGUGAGCUCACGCUGGAGAUUGACCGGCUGAAAAACCGCCUCAAACAACUGGAGGUUGUGGAAGGAGAUUUAAUGAAGACAGAAGAUGAAUAUGACCUACUGGAGAAGAAAUUCAGAAACGAGCAGGAUAAGGGCAAGGCCCUUUCUCAGCUGUUGGAGGAAAUGAAGGGUCAGAUUGCCAGAAACAAAGCCAUCGAAAAGGGAGAAAUGGUGAGCCAAGAGGCCGAGCUGCGGAUUCGCUGCAAAAUGGAGGAAGCCAAGUCCAGGCAGCUUCAGGCAGAUGUGCAAGCCCUGAAGGAGAAGAUCCAUGAACUGAUGAACAAAGAGGACCAGCUCUCCCAGCUGCAAGUUGAUUAUGCCAUCCUCCAGCAUAGGUUCAUCGAAGAGGAGGACAAGAAAAGGAGCAUGAGCCACGAAGUUGCAAAUCUCACCGAGGAACUAGAGGCCACUAAGCGUUACAGCCGUGCCCUGAGGCCUAGUAUGAAUGGCAGGAGGAUGGUCGACAUCCCGGUCACCUCCACCGCAGUACAGACAGAUGCUGCCACCGGUGAGCCCACCGAGGAGGAGACGGCAGCAGGCUUUAUCAGAAAGUCAGUCCAAGAGGAGAACAACUUGAUGAGCAACCUGAGACAGCGUGGUGUGAAAAAACCAGCGGUGCUGGAACGUUACCCCCCAGCAGCAUCAGAAUUGGGCACGAGAAAAUCCUGGAUCCCCUGGAUGAAAAAGAAGGAGGUGGUCACAGUCACUCCCACCACUCCAGAGAGGAUUGGCCCUGUUAUUGAUGGAGUGUCUUCACUCCAACCACCUGAGCUGACCAUGUCACAGAAGCCAGGCCAGCCACUGCACAUACGAGUGACCCCCGACCGCGAGAACAGCACUGCCACCCUGGAAAUCACCAGUCCUCGAGCAGAGGACUUCUUCUCCAGCACCACCAUCAUCCCUACGCUGGGCCUUCAGAAACCUCGCAUCACCAUUGUCCCCAAGCCCACCACAGUCGCCUCAAAGACCAAGUCUGGCGAGGCAAUGGGCGGUACCAAUCGAGCCAAAUCUCCCGUCACAAUAACCACAAUUUCUAGAGCGAAGUCUCCGGACAGCCCUCAGUCACCUGUGUCCAUCAUCACAGUCAGCACUACCCCAUUGGUGGAGGCAUGUGCCUCAACCGAGACCCAAGAAACCACCGCGGGCCGCACUGUGCUCAAGUUGGGCUCCGAACAGCAAACCGCACCUGUGGCAGUUAAGAAAUACAAUGCCAACAGUAACAUUAUCACCACAGAAGACAACAAGAUCCACAUCCACCUUGGGUCGCAGUUUAAGAGGCCCUCGGAGAGUUGCAGCAGCCCUACAGUGACAGUCAGACCUCUGGGCCUCGCUUCAGAGAGUAAAGAGACCCUGACAGGCACUGUCCUGCGCUCCCCACGUCAGUCACCUGCAUCGUCGGGGAAGAUGACUCUCAGCAAAAUGACGAGCAGCAUAACAAUCACGCCUAUCACCUCUACUUCCUCCAGACCAACACAGUCUGUGCCCGGGUCGGACAUGCAGUCACCUCGCAUCACGGCCACGCGGAUCCCUGUGUCCAAAGGUACGAGACCAGUCGGCAAGGCAGCUGUGGGGGUCUCUGCGGUGACCAGGUUAGAGUCACGAGCCGAGAGUCAGUCCAUGAAAAUUGAGCUGAGGAAGUCGAUGGUGUGCUCCUCAGGGGGGAAGAACUGAGAGUCAAAGAAACAAGUUGCCAUGGCGAGGAGUUACUAAAUGCACCUCCUGAAUGAGUUUUCGAUCUGCUGCCAAAGAGGAAACAGGCCUCAUAAGGAGGAGAGCGAUGACGGGGCCUACACAUCUGUCGCUCAUGUCUGCUGACACGUGUUGGCUCAACAAAGCAUCGCGUGGUGGAUUGCGAACACUAUUUUAUCUUAUUCAGACAUUCAGUUUGUAAUUAUCAAAGUUUGAUGUUUUAUAAAGGGCUAGAAUGAUAACCUUUUAUUUGUCAUGGGUUGUUGCUUAAGGUCAUGUGAUGAGGCAUCCCGUGGCAUGUUGGGAUGUGACUGAAAGCACCGCUUUGGUUGGAGUGAGCACGUUCUGAUCCAUUUCACCUUGGUGACCGCACAGACGUCUACUUUUCAUUUUUAGCUUUUCAUCUCAUCACUCGUGUCUCACCCGUGGCAGGUUUUCCUUUCGGCGCUGCUAAGGGAGGUCUCCCGUGAUGCUGGCUGAGCGUUGCUGGCCACGUGGGAACUUUCCUAUAUAAUCUGAUUUGUGACAGACACUGAAAUAAAACAAGAGUACGACAUUUCUCAUGGUG